AUGCGGAUAUUGUUUAAGGACUCGCUGAAAGUUCUUGAAGCCGAGAUCCAACAUGCAAGCACUUUGGCUUCAGGCUUUCCCAUACAGUAUGAUGGUGUAUGCCUUCAAAUGUGUAUGUCCUAUAGUCUAGCCGCACACUUAUUUCUUUUACUAGUGACUUGGACAGAUUGCAAUUUGGCCGGGGUGCUUGGACUCUUAGGAAUUAUGAUAUAUAAGGUUCAUGCUGAUGGCUCCACAACCAUGUCAACCUGUGAAAAAAAAACUACUAUUAGAGAGUUUUAUGCUGUGAUAUUCCCUUCUUUGCUUCAACUACAAAAUGGUUGA